AUGCGCCUGCUACCGCCGACGCUGUCCAGCGACUUCGCCCAGGGUUGCCGGGAAGAGACGUGUCGUUUGUCGACGGAGUGUGCUACAGACGUGGACGUCGAUGCAGAGCCCACUCUGGGGGGCUUCAAGAAGCGAAACGCCUCUGUUUCAAGAGACACCUUUAGAGAUGGGCGGCGAGUCGACUCGUCGCGCAACCUAAAGCUAAGACGUUUCUGCGGAAUAUACCAAUACCUUUAG